AUGGAGUACUCUGGCCCUGCCUCCAUAUCCGCCGUUGAAGCCGAUCUUGCUCUCAGUGACGAUGAGGACAUCACAGACCAACACUGGCCCCCAAUAGAUUUAAAUACGCAGUGUUUUGGCCCCACCCCCUGGCAGCCUCAAGUUGAUGUCCCCCCCUCUGCCACCCAGCCCUCCACCUCCACCAAGCGGCCCAUGGAUCAGACUUCGAACACUAGCGACUCGUCAUCUCCCGCUCCCAAGUCAUCGCGGCACAUCGAGCCUCCUCAUCCCACGGCUCCUAUCUCUUCCCCUUCCAGCUAUGAUCCUCACAAUUCAUCCCGCACUCACGACUCCCGCACCUGCCCACACAGCACCCCCUCUCAGCCCACCUCCGCUGAUGGUGCUUCUACGUCAAAGCAGCCUUCACUGUCCACUGCAGACACAUCAGUCAACCAGGAGUCAACGUGUGGCAUGGCUGUGCGAGCCGCUCCCCCGCUGCCGUCUCAGUUGUCAACGCGUUGCCUCCCGCUCUUCACACCUCCCGUCAAGCACCACCACCACGGCCGCGGGCCGGCGCCACCUCCCAUUCUUCAGCCACUACCACGCCUGAGUCGCCACAAGUUACCGCUCUUCGUGAAGCUGUCGCAAAGUUGA